ACUUGUGACAGUGACGUCACAGUUCCUGGAACAAACAAAACAAAUGACAGCUGAACGGCAAGCGAGGCUACCAUCGCAUGUCACCCGGUUAAAUGACGGGUUUUCUUAUUUAUGUGACAUGAGAAGCGAAACGGAGACGUUCAAGCCGCUGUUAGUUGUAUUAAAUCGGUGGAAACUGCGCGACUUGCAAAAAAAUCAUCUACCCAUUAGCUAUAGCUUAGCCUUGCGUCAUUAAUAUGUGUCCGUUCCAUUUGGUUUACGAUAAUACAGUUUGUCUACACUGUGAAGUAGACACUCCUUAAACUGCGUUGUUAGUUGUCGCCAACAAGCUUUCGAUACAUUGUUUUGUUUACUGGCGGUGUCGGUGUUUAUCUUGACAACACAGCUUGCUACUUGCUGCUUAUCACAAGGAAUAACUUGUUUGCUCCUUUGACUGAUAGGUUGUUAUUGAUCGUAUAUACAUAAAGUACUGUAGAGACUGCUUACAUUAGUAAAGCUUUCUCCGGGAGGGAUGUGAUGUGAGUGCAGAUCUAAAGAUGGAGGCUGUGCGACAGAAGAAGUCCAAGGCAAAAGUCAGUGGGAAGGUGGUCAGAAAGCAGAGAACGACAGAAGACAGGAGGACUACUGCCCCUUCACUCGUUUGUGAUGAGGCUUCCACAUCUGAAUUUACCAGCAUCCCUCUCAGCCUGCCACAUCAGGAGAAGUGUGACCCUGCUGACCCCCCAGAGACUUUGCCUGUAGAGUCACACCAGACCUUCCUAUCACAGGCAUCAUCAACAGCAGCGUUAAGUGAGACUUUGCAGUCCGCUCUAUAUUUGCCACGGACAUCACAAGCCACAGUGCAACAAGCAGAGUCAACACAGAAGGAAGAAACUGAUGGUGCCGUAUUGCUCGCUCAGCUACAGGGUGCAUCACAAGGCACCGACUUGGAAGCAGAUAAAUGUGUUUCAACACAUUUUGACCUCAAACAUGUCCCAAGUGCUCCGUCACUGUAUCCAUCUGUCCCAGUUCUGGAGGAGGGAUCCAUGAUAGAACUUCACAGAGAAGCUGUGAGCACUUGUGGCAAAGGACCAGCAGUUUUGCCACUGGUUGAGCAUGAAACUUCUCCCCCGAGUCUGCAGCCUCUGGAGUCUGUAGCUGAACUUUCCAGGAAUAAACUCUACCCCGAAUUACCAAGGCCGGCAACAGAUAUUCAGCCAUUCUCCCUGGAGCAACUGAGUGUUUGGGAGCCUGGUGAAGGACUGCGGGCUUGGCUAGAAGGCGUUGAAUUAUGUGCGGCACAGUUCUGUGCUCUGGCUCGACAGGAAAACCACGAAUUAGCAGAACUUCUGCAGAACUACUGGCGCUGUCGCAGACAGCUGACCCAAUCUCACACACAGCUACACACACAGUCCUCUGACUGCAAAAGUACUCAAAAUCGUCUGUGGAGCUUCAGAGAUGAACAGUUAACACUCCAGGGUGUGUGUGCAGAUCAGUCCAAAGUGUGUGGGUACCAUCGCUUUCAGCAGGCAGAGUUCAGUCAGGGUGUACUGGCUGAGCUAAGCAGGUUGUUUGAAGUUCGCAGCGAGCUGCUCCAUCAAAAAGUGGCACUGCAUGCAUACACUGCUUUACUGUCACGCCUCCAGGUGGAGUCAUACUUGUACCACCUAUUAAAAGAUUGUUCUGCAAGCCAGUCCCGUUCCCUUCAACCUCUUAAAGAGGCUAUCAGUGUCCUCUUUAGCUUCACACGAAGAGUCCUUGAUGACACACAGUUCCAGACAGACAUCCACCACUGGCUGGAAAGACUGGUGGCAGUGCUGCUGCAUGUUGGUGGAUCAGGAGAACACCUGUACCUGCUGUGUCAUCUGAUGUGCUGUCCUGCUGGAGUGGGCAAGUGGGCUGCCCCUUUCCUUCAGAUCCAAGUUUUGAGGAACACUUGUGGUGUGCAGGACUUCAUGCAAGCUCUUGCAGUUCUAAUGUCACCUGCUCGACACCGUGCAGAGUUUAUGGGCCAUAUGAAACCAUGUGAGAGCCUUAAUUCAACUUCAUCUGGACCAGAGUCAGGCAACUGGACCCUUGUGGAUGAAGGAGGAGAAGAGGACGAGGAUCCACAGAGCAGUUGGUCGCUGCUGUGUGAGGAUGACCUCAUCUCCUUUAUUACCCAGUUCCCUUUCCAACAGCUCUAUUCACACAUGCUGGGGAUGAGCAUACAAGGUGUCUAUGAGCCUCUGGGGUACUCUAGUCAAAAGAUGAUGCGUGUUUUUGCAUUUGCAUCCUCACUCAUUGAAGUUCUCGCCCUUGGCUUACAAACAUACAACAGAGCCCGAUAUAGACAACUAGUGAAACGAAUAGGACACAUCAUACGGAUGACAGUGUGUUAUGUCAGUGACCACUGGGCCCAGUACGUGAGUGUGAUUGGCUCCAGUGAGUCUAGCUCUCACGUACAUACUUUGUCUCUGGAAAAGCUUCAGGUUGAAUACGAUCAUCUCUUCUUCAGGGCUGUUCUGCAUGUUCUCAGAAACAAGAGGUUGGGAAUUUGGUUGUUUAUGACUGAAAUGCCAUACGGGACCCUGUCCAGCUCCAUGCUAUGGAGGAUUCUUUAUGUGAUGCAAUGUGCAGAAACAGCAGGACUAGAAGCUCUUGGUACUGCUAAUGACACUCAGUCCUGCAUUCAGGCUCUUAGGGGUAAACAGAGUUCACUUCAUUUCUGGGGCACCUCUUCUGUACUAAAUGCAGCAGUGAAUGUCACUCUGAUCUUUUUUACCAUCUUCAUUACAGAACCAGAGCACCAAGAGAGAUUUGAGCUGUGGUUGUGUGAAGUGAACAGCUCUGAUGGUAUCUCCCUCCUCACCGCACUAGCACACAUGGCCACACCCACUCAAUACUCCGAUCCUGCCUUUGUCACGACCAUCACGCUGCUGAUUUAUCAGGUGUCUUACGUGAGUGUGACUACUAGAGAAAUUUACUCAAAAGUUGGAAGAGAGUUGUUGGCUACCAUAGCAACAGCCCAUCCUUACAUUAUCUCAGUGCUCCUGGACAGACUGAGAGAGACUAUCCAAGCUGUUGGCAUGGUGGCGCUCUACUUGUGCAAAGAGCUGCCUCUCAGUCUGUGGCGUCCGCAACCAGAAGAAAUAUGCGUGAUCGGAGGUUGGCUACUCCAGCAUCCUCUAGCUGCUGUGGAGAAUCGUCUGGCAUGUGUUAUACUGGAGGGUCUCAACUGGGGAUACUCACAGGAUGGCUCUUUGGCCCUGUCAUCAUUGCUCCACAGUGAGGUGGCUCUGCUGGUGGCUGAGGCCUUUCAAAAAUAUCUGACUGACAAACCAUACAGUGGCCUCAUUUCAGAGGGAAUUAAACAGGUGUCUUACCUUGCCAGUGUCCUUCGGUUAGGUGUAUCACCUGAAGCAUCAUUCAGCCAAUGGGCUUGGCAGCUGUUGCUAAGGCUAAAGCUCCAUGCCAAUGCUCAGAACCCAAAAGGAGCGUGGUCAGUCCAGUGUCCAGUGUCCAGCCCACCUGCAGAACUUACACACUCUCCCAGCAUGCACUCUGUUCUUCGGGCUGUCAAAGCAGGCAUCCCUAUUGGAGCAUACCUAUCGAUUGCCAUGACAACAGUGGGACAUAGCCUGGAGCACUUUUGCACUGAUGGAAUCAGCUUUUUAAAGAAUCUGACUCAGUCUCGUCACCUAAGAGCUACCGUACACCUACUAGACAACAUUCUUCCUCAAAUCUACCCACUCAGUUUUUAUCUUCUCAACAACUCUCAGUUUGUCAACUGCAUUCAGUUAUUUUUGCAGUACGACAGUGUGUGUCCUCAAGGUGUUACACAGCAGGUCACACACCGGGUAGCACCCCUCCUCACCGGAACCACAUAUGGAGACAAUGUUCGACUGCUGAACAGUGUCAUUCAGAGCCAUGUGUUGGAGAGUUCACAGCCUGGCUGUGUUGGUGCUGCGGCAGUGCUGGAAUUUUGGGUGGGGAUUUUGACACAGCAGAACUUGUGGUACCGGGACAAAACAGUCCUGUUCCUCAUGGAUCAGAUUUGCUGUGCUGCAUUCACACACCAUCAGGAGGAUUGUAUGCACAAACUCCUCUACCAACAACAUAAGAAUGCUUUGGGAUACCACGGAGACAGAGGUCUGCUCUCCUCUCUGGUAGGCUGGAUUGCUGGACACGCCACACCCUCCUUCAUUGAGGGCCAAUCACUGAGUACAGAAGUUUGGUUUGCCUGGGUGGUGCUUAAUAUGGAGAGCACGUUUGAGGACGACUCUCAACUCAGACGCUGUGUUGAACACGAGCUACUGUCUGAGCCCAAUAUCUCUCCAGAACAAGCCUUAAAGAGGGCACAGCAGAGGCUGAAGUUGCCAGUCACGCCGUCUCUACAACGGCUGCAAGUGUAUCGCUGGGCUUGGCAGGCAUUAGCCACGCCCCCUGACCACCCUCUUAUUCCACUGGUUUGGCAGAAGUUCCUACAGCUCUACCUCAGGCAGCCUGGUCCUGAUUAUGGACUGGCUGCAGGUGGCUGCAUUGGCCGACGGUUCUUCCAGGCUUCUUCCCAGGCAAAUUUACUUCGAGACCUGAGGCAGAGAAUACAAGAAGUGUCUGACUUCCACCAUACUGCUAGCCAGGCGCUGAGGGUGCCCCCGCCACAUUCACCUUCAGCAGACAGUCUGUGCAAUCAGACUCCGGGAAACCCCUGUCACCCCUGCCUUACCUCUCCUCAGCUGCACACAGAGCUGGUCAGGUUGUUUGGUGUUUUUGCUGUGUGGUUGGAUGAUGAAACACUGCAGAAGCAGGAGGUUUACCUUCCCUCUCUUCCUCCUGAGUAUGAGCCCCACAGACUUGCACAGGUUAUGCAGCAGCAACAGGAACUGUGGCUGGAGUAUGUGAACUAUGAGCGGCUGCAGUAUGACAGGAAGGAGGUUCUGUCUCUGUGGGAGAAGGUGCAGAGCGAGCCAUCUUUUCUCCAAGCACAUAACCCCAGCUUCACAGACUACACCAGCCUCAGCAAUGCAAAGGAACGUAUCCUGUCCAACCUGCAGAAGCAUCCAGUGCCACAACCAGCUCCAGACAUCCAACACCUAAAAAUCCCCGUCCCUGAAGUCCCCAAUGUCUGCCUCUCUGACUCUAAGGCUGCUGCAGAACUACUGGCGCAGGACCUCAACAUCCUGCAGGACCAAGCCAGGGUUGCAGUAUCAAGAGAAGCCCAGCAGGUGGCGAUGGAACAGGAGCUUUUGGAGAGUCUUCCUCUGCUUUACAAGAACAGACCUGAACAAGUAACCAUGACCCUGGAAUGUAAAGGGAGGGGAGGGCAGCCAUGCCAGGGUCCCGCUAACAUCACAGUUACAUGUGAGAGUAUCCAGAGACAGGAGGCAGUACAGACUCAGAUAACGUCACUGCGUAGGGACAUCAAGAAUCUUCAAACUGAUGCCAUGGCUCCUCCUGCUCAAAGCCUGGCUCAGGCUGCUGUCCACACAGAGAACUUUAUCACGGCUCUGGUGAAUCUGUACAAAUCACAGAAGUCCCCAUCAGUGCAGCAUGUUGGCGUGUCAGCCUUCUAUCAGGUGGUCUCCUUUGUAUGUGAAGACACACUUCGACAUCCACCGACACGCCAGUACCUCACCUCGUGUGUGGAGAUACUGGGACAGGUGUUCAUCCAGGGUAAUGCUGAAGAGUGCAGCCGUGUCCUGAAGACCAUCCUGGAGCACAGACGUCUUUGCCCUCUCAUUUCUUCUUUUUUCACACCCAACGCAGCCCCAACCCAGCUCGUCUUCCUUUACCAAGACGUGGUGACGUCCCUACAUCUUGAUUGUGCAGACGUCAUUUUCAUGCUUCUCACUAAGUUUGAUUUGUCCGCCUGGCUGAACGAAGCCCAACCUGUGUUCUCUGAGAGGGCCCGUUUACUUGAGUUAGUCCAUGGAGGUCUCUGUGUCUGUGGCCCAGAUCCCGAAUCAGAACUUCUCACCCCUUUUCACCUUUUCACCAAACACUGGACUUGGCUUCUACGCCACCAUUUUCCUGACCACUACAGUGACUGCCUGCGUCUGCUUAUGACCAGUUCGUCAAACCAGUUGCUAAGUCCUGAAUGCUGGAAGGUGACUCUUCGAGUGUUAGGCUGCUCUCCUCCAUCUCGCAGCAUCAAGAACAAAAGCGAACAAGCCGUUAGCACUUUUGAAGUAUCUGGACGUAUACCAACAUCCCCAGCAUCUGCCCACCGCUCUUCCAUCAGCCUCUCUCCUCAGCAGGUGGAUGAGACCAUAGACUGGCUUAGUGAUUACUUCCUGCGGAGUCGUCUCAGCAAGCCUGACCUGCGCAGCUUUGGCCUGUACUCUGCCUGGUCUCCUUACAUCAGUGAGGUUGUUUCCUUCUGCGACCAUUUAAUCGGCUCUCUAAUCAGCGUGUCACUGAGCAGCUGUGCCCGAGAGUCUGUGGGCAGCAGUAAAGUCAUGAAAGCGCUUCAUGGCUUGCACAGUAAGAUUGGGAAAUUGUUCAAGCCUUGGAUAUUUCCGCUGGACACUGAAGAUGGAAGUAAGUGCUUCCCGUGGCUGGAGACCGAUGCAAGUGUGGCAGGAUGUCUGGUUGAACUCUACGCUCAAAUAAAUGACACACUGCACCAGAGAUCCAAAGACCGCCUACUCCCCGAUCAGAGAGGUGCUCUGUGGCUCUGUAUGAUGCAGUACUGUGAAAACUGCACCUCUCCGCGGACACCGGAGUACCUGUUGUACCUGCACCACACUCAUCUCCGCAGCCUGCCAUGGAGACAUUUACAUCCUGACACUCAGCUUAUGGAGCAGCUCUUUAAUGUGGAGAGAGGAAGUCCAAAGAGCUGUUUCCUGUUCAUGGGAGAGGUGUUAUGUGAGGUUAACUGGGUCAGCGUCCUCAGCGACCACAUACACUCUCUUCCAGCAUCCAUAGCAGGCCCACCUCAGUCCACUGUAGAUCCUCAGAAGAAGGAAUCACACACCAUUCUGGUCUAUUUGUUAUACAUGCUGGUAUUUCUGGCAAAAGAGGAGCAGCUCCUCAGCCAACAGGACUCCCCUCUUCUCAGUCUAUUGGUCCAGUGCACAUCCCUGCCUUGGCACCAGAUGGACCUGUCGUCAUACCAAGGGGUUCUGGCAUAUGUCAGCACGCACUACACUCCCUCCCUGCUGCUUAGCACCGAUUCAGCAUCCCAGUUGUUGCUGAAAUCACUCCGUAAUGCUGCUGGCCUCCAUCCUUGUCCUAAUGAAGCAGCUCACAUGGAUGGGACGCUGAAGGCUGCUGCAUACGUGUCCUGGUGUGUGCAGUUUUUGGCGACUCUUGAGCAAGCUGGCAGCAUCAGUGUGAACACGUUGGAGACACAGCUGGAGAUGCUGUUGGAGAGCAUCAUCACAUUCAGCCCACCAGAGACAGGUUUGGAACAGAGGCACAUGGCUUUCAGCAGCCUCUUCAGUGGUGCGCUAGCUCUGCUGAAUGCAGUCAGCGUCUCAACGGGAGAGGCCCUCGCAGCUCAGGUCAUUACCUGGCUGGACAGGAAAGGGAGGGGCUUUCCUAUUUUGCCUCUGCUCACAGCUUGCUCCCGCUGUCUGGCCUCAGUUCGCCACAUGACACGCAUCAUGGAGGCGUGCAUUACAGCCCACUUUAACCACGCUGAAGAGGAAUGUGUAGGCUGGGGUCCUGUGUUGGCAUCACUGCAAGUGCCCGAGCUCACAGUGGAAGACUUCCUGUCUGAGAGCCAAUCAGGAUGCAGCUUCCUCACACUCUAUGCCUUCAUCCUGCAGCGCCUUAACUCUGAACACACAGCAACCAAUGAGAGGAGGACGCUAGCACUCAUCAACACGUGGACCAAUCAGGUUUUCCCUAGUGGACCCAGUGAUGAAGCCAAGCUGUUUCUGUGGUGGCACAAAGCACUGAAUCUAGCAGUGGAGCAGCUGCAGCCUCAGGGGGGCCACAGCGAGUUAUCAGGAGUGGUCACAGGUCUGCUGAAGUUGCAAACCAGGCUGCUUCAACUGGGAGAAGAAAGGCUCAACUCUGGACUUCUAGGGGCCAUUGGUCUCGGGAAGAAGUCCCCCGUUUCAAACAAAUUCAGGGUGGUGGUUCGCAGCCUUGCAGCAUUCCUCUCCAUCCAGAUACCGUCAGAAAGCGAACUCCGAUUGCAGCCCACCGCUGACCUGCAGCUCUCUGCAAAAGCACAGCAAACGUUGGGGCUGCUUGAAGCCAUGCCCGGCAAUAAGCAAUACACGGAAUUGGAGGAUUCCCUGAAAAAAGCUCUUCAGUUCAUCCGUUAUCCAGGGCAUUGUCUUAAAGAUGGACCUCGACUCCUGGCUCUGCUAACCAACCUGCUUUACCCAGACCUCAGAUACCUGCACGUUAUACAUUGACCCAAUAGGAUGAACCCCUGGAAAACAAUGAUGGAGCACAAUGUUCUCACAGCUGUGACGUCACGUCUGUCAAGUGGCCUUUGUAGUGACAAACUUCUCAAGAGUUUGAUGAUGACUGAACCACAUUUAUGUCCUCUUUGCACUUUGUUUUCUCCUCUUAUCAUCAAGCCUUUUUACACUUUUAAUGACAUCCCUGGUCAUCUCCAUCGCGUAUUUAUUGCAGAAUCAUAUCUCUGUUCUGUGUGUGGACAGGAAAAUGACAUAAUGGCAGUUAUAGAGGACAUGAAGGACAUGAAUCAUAAGCUUUUCAGAAAUAAGGCGGAGAACACCACUCGGAAUAUGAGUGGUGCUACUUUCUCGUUAUUAUGAAAACAUGAUGGAGCCUUAUUACUUCUGGCACACGGAAAGGAUGGCUGCCACUCUUGAAAUGAUCAUGUACCAGUAUUAUCAUCUCCCACCAAAUGUGCUUUUUAAGGUGUAUUAAGACCAGACUGAAAAAGAAAAAAACAUUUCCUAAAGGUUGGGAAAUUAUGUAAAUAAAGUUAAAGAAAAAAAAUCUACAUUUUAGGAAAUGUGUAAUUUGCAAGUAUAUAUAAUUGAAUUAAGUCAGCUGAAGAUAUUAAACAUUACCAUGAGUUUGAUCAUCAGUAUCAUUUGUCAUUGUGCAAAAUUCCUUUUUUUUUACAAAUACUUAAUCAAAUUAGCUGAUUAAAAUAUGGCAGACAUCUAGAGAGAGAUGCCAGCUGCUGGGUCUCCAAUUGUUGCAUUUGUGUGGGAAUUUUGUUAUUCUCCCAUCAAAAAAGUUUUAAUCUCUUAUAAGUUUUCUUAACAUGAUUUUUCAUAACUUUCAUUAUGGCCUUUAUAUUCCUCCUUAGCUGUUUUUUGCAUGAUCAGCCAUGACCAUGUAGUCUUCAGGCUGGUAAAUCAACUUGCAGUUUGGCACUCAAAGAUCCUUACAGCUCCUCUUCCGGUGUACCACACACACACACACAUAAAUAGCGUUAUGUAAUGGUCUUAUAUGUUCUGAUUCACCUGUUUUUUCCCCAUUUCCAGUCUGUGUCGUGCAGUGAUUAUUAAGCCUUUCUUUGUAUGAUGAGUCAGUGAUAAUAGAUGAGACUAAGAACAGAACAUCUCACGACUGCUGUUGGAUACAAAUGUUGUCAAGAGGAAUGGUCGCCCUGCAGUGCAGUCAUAGUGUUUAGUGAAGCCUUUCCAAAAAAGCAUCCAUUUGUAUUCUCCAAGAGCAACAUGAGAGGUGCCCAAACUGCAAUUAAAUACUUUUUGUGUUAAAAAAAAAA